CCAGCCCUCUGCAGCCGCAGCCUCCGUCUGGGUCUUGUUCUGCGCCCUAGGAUGCCCCACAGAUCUCUGAGCGACGCUGCUCUCUGCCUGCUUGGCACGCAAGUGAGAUAAACCAUUAUCUGCCACUGUCUGCAGCGCCCCUCACUCUGAAAAGCCGGGAGGGAGGAAAGAUGCACCACCCCAAGGAUCCUUCCCCCUGUCAGCAUGGUGCAUUAAGGAAAGGGCUUCCUCUAAAGCACCAGGCCUGGGCCAGUGUCAGAGGCAGGAUACAGGAAUGGCUGGACCAGGGCGCCGAGCUAGCAUCUGCAGUGGUGAGGACGUUUCACCAACCAGCUGGCCUCGCCCCUGCUAUAAUUAUCUCUUCCUGAGGCACCAGCCGACUCGCCCGUGAAGGAAAAGUCUCUCUUGAUUCUGCCUCCUUCCAGGGCAGAGGCCAACAGGCCGGAUCCCAACCCUGGGUUUGGUCUGCAACUAAGGCUGGACUCUCCCUCCCCUCCUGCUCUCAGGAGCACAUGUGAUUGCUGUAGAAACUACUGAAUGAAAACAGGUGGCGCUCCCCAGACGGGGGCGUUCUCAGCCACAAGCUACUGUACCGGCCAGUCACCCCACAGGAGAGUGAACGCCGCUUCCUGCCCUGCGUGGCACCACUGGCUCAGCCUAGGGUCUCGGCUUUUAAUUCCUCCCGACGGUUCAAACCAAAGAAUCAGACGCUGGCUCGAGCUAGGGGCUGUACACGUGUCCACUAGCCAGCUCUGCUGCUGCCCUUCGAUCCUGACCCAUGGUCCCCUCCGCUAUCCCAGCCCUGGGCACCCCCUGGCUUUGUCGGUGCCCCCCAAUCCCAAGUCACAGCCCCCUGCUAUUCCAGCCCUGAGCUGCCCCCGUUAUUCCAGUUGUAGCAUCCCCCUGCACUCCCAGCUCUCUGUAAGGGAGGGACCAUGGAGAAUCAGCCCUUGGCUCCCCACAGCCUAGGGGCAGCCAGCCCCCUCCCCUUUAGACCCACCCCUGAACAAGCCCCAGUUGAGGGGUUCCCUCCAGGCUCAAGGCAGGUUCCCCUCCCGCUUCAUCCCGGGGAUUUUAACCCCUUCCUCUCCCUGCUGGCCUGGGGCGUGCACAUCCCACUGCAAUCCCCCCUCUUUGGGGAGCUCAGAGCCCACCCAGGGCCCAGUCCGAGGCCCUCUCCAGGAUGUGACAAUUCUAUAAUGGUCCGUGGGCCGUGACCUGCGGAAACCAGAGGCAGGAGCUUUUUUGGUCAAGGAAGCCCACACGUAGUAAUUAAAGUGAGACAGGCAGUGAGCUGGCUGCCGGCUCCCAGCACACGGCAGUAGCAGCGGCAGGUCGCGGCACCGGCACCAUGGACCCCUCAGUGACCAAAGCCACCCUGAAGGUGCUGGGGCUGUGCGUGGUCCUGCUCUUCCUGGUCGCCGCGGUGACGGUCUCCGUGGCGGUGAUGAUGUGGCACUCGGAGGCAGUACGGAGGCUGCAGGGCUGCCGGGAGCAGGCAGCCAAUGAGACCUCAGCCCUGGGGGGCCGCGUGGCCGAGCUGGAGCGGGACGUGGCCGAGCUCACGGGGCGGCUGCAGGAGGACGCCCAGAAGAAGCAGCAGCUUCAGAAGCAGCUUGGCCAGGCCAAGGAUGAGGGCAGGAAGCUCAAAGCCACCUUGCUGUCCUGCCAGGAGCGUGAGAGCACGCUCUCCGCCAACGUGACAGCCCUGCGGAACGCGCUCACGGCCAUUCAGCUGGAGGGCACCGAGAUGGACACCAGAAACAUUGCCUUGCAAGCGGAGCUGACCCAGUGGCAGGGGAAAGCCGCGGAGCAGGAGCUGCGGCUGGAGGAGGCGCUGCAGCUGCACCGAGCGUCGGAGGCGCGGAGGGAGCAGUGCGAGGCCCGGCAGAGCGAGCUGCAGCGCAGCAUGCGGGACUACAGGGCCGAAAUCGACUCCCUCCAGCGGCGGCUGAGCUCCCGAGCUACCAGGCGCAGGUGCCCCCCAUUCUGGUAUUUUGUGUGGGUGCUGGCAAGCACUUCUUGCUUUAUUUUCUCGCUCGAAGGGUUGAAAUCUUACGUCUGAAGCAUCUAGGGGAAGCCAGGCUUAAAGGAGAUGACAGGGCUCGUGAGCAACCAUUUCUGAUCCCCCCCCCACUUCUACAGAGCGGGGCACGCUGCAGCUCCACACCAGAGACAGCUGCAAUGACCCGAAAACAGCUGCAGCACGGAACGGCCCCGUCCCGCCCCAGAAUCCAGCAGCCUCCUCCUGCAACUGUAAUAGCCAUAAACUAAUUGAAAAGACUCCAAGUCCACUGGAUCCUACUAGGCUGAGGCACCCCAAGGAAUGCUGGGAAAUCUGUCAUUGUACCGUUCAGAGUCUGCGGCAUGGACCCCCGCCCCAUGUGUCCUGGCUCCAUUCUGUCUCCCUCUCCCUGCUCCUCCCUUCCCUCCUUCGCGACAUGCUUCUGCCUGGAGUCUACUGAGCUCUGCACAGCGUGGGCUUGCGUCUAAGCUGCCUGGUGUCGUUCUUGAUCGUAUAAUCUACUCACCGCGAGGAAAUCAGACCACCUGGUGCUAAUUUCCCCUCUGGGGCUGGACUCACCCAUGAGGGAGUCUAACCAGCAUUUAAUAGCCUGUGUUUGUAUGCAGAUCUGCUCAUUAAUAUUUAAAAAGUA